CAAACGUACACGCAGUCAUCACAAAUCAUCACCAGUUAAAAUAUCGACUAACUAAUUUAUUAUUGUUAUAAUAAUAUCGACUAAACAAUGAACGAGUGAUGUGUUUCGAAAUUUGAAAGUGAAGUGAAGUGCUGGUUGGUGAGAAAAAGUUUGGAUGUGAAAACUUUUUUGUUCAAAGGAGGCUGUAACAGCUGUUACUGAUUACGUUGACAAUUUUACUGACAACAACGAAUGACCCACCAACCGAAGAUGUCAUCCACAUACCACCAUACAAAAUAGCAACCACCAUGGACAUAGACGAGAAAGUGUCGGGGCCCGGCGGGGCCUCUCAAAAAAACUGGACACACUUGAACACCAGUGACGAACUGCCUCUGGACAUGAGAUUCAACCAUGGCCACAUGGUGUCCAUGACAGUGUACAGUGUGUUGAUGGUGGUGUCCGCCACGGGGAACCUUACGGUACUAUCCCAGCUGAUGAAGAGGAAGAGGGCGGGGAGAGCGAGUAGGCUGGAUGUGCUGCUCAUGCAUUUAGCCGUUGCCGAUCUUAUGGUGACAUUCCUCAUGAUGCCGCUGGAGAUCGCGUGGGCAGGCACCGUGCAGUGGCUGGCCGGAGACCUCAUGUGCCGGGUCAUGAUGUUCACCCGGACCUUCGGGCUAUACCUCUCCAGCUUCGUGCUUAUCUGUAUCGCUGUUGAUAGAUACUACGCCAUCUUGAAGCCAUUGAACGUGACGUGGGAGGCGCGCGUGCGCAGGGCACUGAUCACGGCGUGGGUCUGCGCCGGCCUCGCCAGUCUGCCGCAGAGCUUCAUCUUCCACGUGGAAGAGCAUCCUGAUGUUAAGGGAUACUACCAGUGCGUGUCUUACGGCUCACUGCCGACGGAGUGCCACGAGUUCGCGUACUUCUUAGUGAACAUGAUACUCAUGUACGUCAUACCGUUGCUGUCCACUCUCUACUGCUCGUCUGCUGCGCUGCUUGAGAUCAUACGCAGAGCUAAUACUUCUAAUGAUAAGAUGCGUCGAAGCGGCGUGGGCAUUUUGGGGCGAGCGCGCGCUCGGACACUCAAAAUGACAGUCACCAUAGUUCUAGUGUUUUUUACUUGUUGGUCUCCUUACUACUGUUAUUGUUUAUGGUACUGGAUCGACAAGGAAUCUCUAAAGAGCCUGGACCCGGCCAUUCAGAAGGCGAUGUGGUUGUUCUCGUGUACCAACUCGUGCGCGAACCCCAUCGUGUACGGCGUGUUCAACAGGAAUCGCUGGUCAUGGCGCGCCGGACGGGUGAGUUACUUCAACGUUCGAUGUCGAAGCGGCAGCAUGAGGCGUGGUUCAAGACUUCCUUACGGUGAAUCUAUGGAGAUAUCGGCGGCUACCCUGGCAAGAGCCAGGAACUCUGUGGGCAGUGAGCGCAAUGGCCGCCGCGACUCCACAUACAACACACAGAACGGCUCACAAAAACAUUGGAACACAAUCAAUAACAACCAUGUUAGCAAUGGCAUGGUAUAGCCACCGGACUCAAUCCUCUCUCGCCUUAUAAUUGUGUUUAGAUACAUUUUAGUGAAAACUACUUCUGUAAAUCUUUCAAGGUGCUUGGGUGAAUUGAUAUCGCAAAGACAUUCGUUUUAAAGUUUGACGCAAAAUGGUGGACGGUGCACGUGGUCCUAGCAUCAACUGUUGCUGUUUUGUAAUGUUAUAUUACAUGAACAUUCAUAACAAACAAAAACUUUACUACAAUCAAGACAACUCAUGAUUGCGAUCUGUAUAAAACCAGUGCUGGGAAACAAAUAACGGUUAACAAUAACGUUAUCGAUGUAGUUAUAGUUUUUCUGUAUCCGAUAACUAUUUGAAAAGGGAUUGAAUAUCGUUAUUGAAUUUCUUUUGUGUGUAAAAGAAAGCUUUAAGGUGGAGUCUUGAAACAUAUCUUGGUUGCGAUAGGUUACACAAAGACUACGGUUCGAACGGUUUGUGCCAUGCCUUCUGAGUAGCGUAAUGUAAGUAUAGUUGUUGAGUGUUACGCACUGAUAUGUAACAUUCCUGUAAGUGAAUUAGCUAUAAAUAUAGUCCUUAAUUAAUAGCUGUUAGCUAGGUAAAUGAGGCUUCGUCAAUUGACAUUGUGACGUCACGAUUGUUCGAUAGAAUGACAAUCGCAAUUGAUUCUCUAGUUCUUCGACACAACUAGGAUACUCAUGGCUUUCCAGCAAGUGAAGUUUACAUUCCAAUGAGAACACGCUUAAGUUAUUACGUAUAUAUUUAUUCAAUAAGACUGACUGACAGACGAUAAGUCCUUAGUAGGUAUUUUGAUACCAAACACUAUAUUUGUUAUUUCUUUGAAGGUUGUUUUUGUUUAACUUUAGUUGUAAACUGAAAUUCUUUUAUUUUUUUGUUUAGUAGUGUAAAGGUGUACCUUGGCUGUGAGGUGAUAGAGACUCAGCUCUAUACAUACAAAGAGAUAUGAAAUUUUUGUACCAAAUCUUAAUCCUAAGUUUAAUGCAAAAGCUAAUUUUUUAAAUAAAAAAUAAUGAAAAA